GAAGAAAGAACUUUAAAGAUUAUUAUUAAAAUGUUAUUUAUUAAAAUAUUUUUAUUUUUAACACUAACUAUAAAUAUUUUAGAUGCUCAUAACCCAAUUUGUUUGGAGAACAAUUGCAGCAGCCCGGCUACUUUACUAACAAAAAAUAAUGUUGAUGUUGAUGCGUUACUUAACGCAAUAGACAUGCCCCAUUGUAUUUGGCAAUGUAUAACAAAUCUUCGAGUAGAAAUGACACAAUUUCUUUUGUUUAACAAUACCUACGAACAUUUUCAAAAUCUUUGCAAUGAAUCAGACAAGGCCAAAAAAUGUAUUCACCACGGCCUUUGUUUGAGUGCAAGCAUUUUCGAUUCUGUAACAAGUGGUAUUCGAAGCCUUUGUGAUGGGCCAAAGCAACAUUUUAUUAGAAAAAAUGAGAAAUGUUUACGUCAAAAUUUGGAUAAUUUAAAUCAAAAAUGUGAACAAAAAUGUCAUUUACUUAAUUCAAUUGCUGAAUUCUCUCACAGACAAGAUUUGAAAGGGCAUAGUAUUGCUCAUGCUCUUGAACUUCUUUCACAUAUGGGAGGGAUUUGCAGGCUAGUUAUAUAA